AUGCAGAGUAUCGGUUCAAGGAAUAGUUUGUGUAAAAAUCUAGAUGCGAAUGUUCUUUGUACAAACACAAAAUGUCAAAUUACCAACGAAGAGUUAGUAGACUUACGUCAACAGGUGGCGAAUCUGAAAGAAACGGUCGUGUCUCUGGAGAACACCGUGCAAAUGAAAGACACGCAGCUUCGAAAUAUGCAACAAGAUAACGAAAGGUUAUCGAUCGAGCUGAAGAAGCAACAAAGAUGCGUCAGGAACAUAAAACGUAAGGGUUGGAAAGUCUUUGAGUUUAUCGUGAUUCUUAAAUGCAUCGAAUUAAUUUUAGAGCAGUUGGACGACGAAAGGUUCUUUUACCAAAGGGAAAAGGAUUACUUCAACGACGAAUUGCAGCGACAGAAAACACGAUGCGUCAGCGGGGCGUCCAGGUUGCACCAGCAACAGAAGAAACUCGAAGUGGCGUGGGAUUCGUUGGAAGAAGAGAACAAGAUGCUACGGGAAGAAUUGAACGAAAAAGCUGAGACUACGUACAACCUGUGUAUAAAGUUCUUACGAAUGAAGUACGCGAAGGAUACGUUGAGAGAGAAACUGGAUCAGCUGUUGAACGAGCAUCUGCAAGUAAUGACGGACAUGAUGGAGAAGCUGGACGAGGGCAGAGGUGAACUAAAUAUCAUCGUGUCGGAAAAGUUUCAAGAACCACUCCCUUUGAACAAAGCAAAAUUCUUGCGGGUGGUCCAGAGGAAUGCGCGAUUAGUUCACGAAAACGCGAUGCUCAAAGUGCAAAUACAGCAGCUGACUUUGAACAUGGAGAAAUUGAAGAGUUACACGCAGAAGCCGAAAUUGAUCAACGUGGAUGCGAAGAUCAUCGCUAAAUUAGCAUCGCGAAAUGGAAGAAAGUGUAGCAAGGAAUCAACGAGAUGGCUGCCGCUUCAAUCGAACGUAGACGAGAGUGAAAAGACUGCGUUGCUUAUCGAACCCUCGAAUCGUCGGAAUCCUGUCGAUUACUCCGGUGAUGCAAAAUUAAUAUCGAAAAUACGAUCGAAUCGUUCAAGAAAAUACGCGGACACAACGGUACGGGAAGUUCAAACGGAGGGGACGAUAGAGUUUCGAAAGGAACAUGCACACAGCGCCCCGGAAAUCGCGCGGACGAAAGCUGAACAGAGUUGUUCAACGAUCGCUCUAACAGAUUCUUUGAUCGACUCCCGCGAUGCCUCCACGAACACGUAA